AUGUCAAUAGCCAUAAUUUAUAUGGCUAAAGAAUUCAAUUGGGGUCCUAAAAUCCAAGGGCUUGUAUCGUCAUCAUUUUAUUUUGGAUAUUUGAUGACUCAAAUUAUAGGUGGUGCGCUUACUGAUAAAUUCGGCGGCAGAUGGGUAUUAGGUAUAGGACUUGGUGAAGGUGUAUGUUAUCCAUGUAUUCAUUCUUUAGUCGCAAAAUGGUUUCCGUCUCAGGAACGAACUAGAGCUGUUUCUGUAAUAUCUGUUUCAAAUUAUAUCGGUAUGGUAAUCGCCAUGCCAAUUUCAAAUUUAUUGGGCUCUAGUCAGCUUGGUUGGGAAAGUAUUUUUUGGGCAUUCGCAAUUAUUGGCUCCAUUUGGUCUGUUUUUUGGUAUUUUUAUGGUAAAAGUGAUCCAAGAGAUUAUUCAGGAAUUAGCAAAGAUGAAUUAGAUUGGAUUUUAGAAGACAAAUCGAUUAAUAAACCGACUAAUAAUUCGAUUGUUUGCUCUGAUGAUAACUUCGACAAUUAUCAAUCAUAUUCCAGUGAAUAUGUCGCAAAUACUGACGAAGUUCAUGAUAUUCCUCAAAGUGAAAAUGAUAUCUUAUUACCAAAGGGUCAAUCAUCAAGGUCACAUAGAUUAGAAAAGAUUCCUUGGAAAUUAUUACUUUCUCGUCGUGAAGUGUGGGCAAUUUUGAUUGGUCGAUUUUUUAAUGACUGGGGCUUUUUUAAUCUAGUUAAUUGGCUACCAAUAUUUUAUUACGAAUAUUUUCAUGUAGAUAUUAAUUUAAUUGGAUAUUAUACCGUCGGUUAUAUCUGUGAUUAUGCGAUUGAUAAAUUAAAAAUUCCCGUUUUAACUGUAAGAAGAACUGUUUGUAUAAUUUCAGGCGUUGGAACAUCAAUAUCUUUAUUAUUUAUGGAUAUUGCACCAAAAUAUGCGGGUGUAAUAUAUGGCAUGGGACAUACUUGUGGAUUAAUCCCAGCUUUUUUCGGUGUAGCAUUAACCGGUUGGAUAUUAGAAGUUACUGCUAAUGAUUGGAGUAUUGUUUGGAAUAUUUGUUCUUUAUUUUAUAUUAUUGGAACUGUAUUUUUUGUUUGUUGGGCUGGUGGAGAA